AUGGUUCUUCCGCAACUUUUCUCUCGUCACAAAUCCAAGAGAUCCAAAUCCAAGCAAAUUCAGCAUCCGGAUCUCUCGACUUUGACUCCAAAUCCGACGCCGGUCCCUUCUGCUUCUUCUCCUCCUCCUCCGCCACCUCCUAGAUUUCCUCCGUCGUCGCCUUCAACCUCUUCUUCUCCCCGUCAUUCUCAGAGUACCCGGAAAAAUCCUCCACCCCCUCCACCUCCACCGUACCAACCCACUGCUGCGGCGACUGCUCCUCCUCCUCAGCCGAAUCUUCCACGCAAAUCCUCGACUCGUCCGGCCCACAGUCGGUCGUCGUCCAUUCCUUCUCACUCCAAAUCCUGUCACCGUCCGACACAUUCCUCUGCUACCUCUAAGGGCAGUUUCUCUUCCUCCGCCUCUCGUCCUACCUUCUCCCGUGCUUCGACCGUUCACCGGUUCAAGAAGCACGACCCCGAUCUUCAUCCGUUAAAUCUUCCUCCUGACGAACUACGUCGUCUAUCAGCCAUGGCCGCUGCUGCUGACCGGAGCUCGAUGGACGUCGACAGCAAUGACCCUCGUCUGUCGUCGUCCGCUAAUGGUGUGAACGGAACACAUGCCGAAAAGAGCCCUACCCCUCCUCCUCAUAGAUCAAAUGGAACGACCGCUGAGGCGGAUUCAUUCAAGUUGGCGGGAAAUAAAUUCUUCAAGGAUCGCAAUUAUGCUCGGGCUAUUGAAGAGUUCAGCAAAGCCGUUGAGAUUAACCCUAAUUCUUCCGUGUACCUGUCCAACCGGGCGGCGGCACACAUGGCCGCCCAUCAAUAUAUCAAUGCUCUUGAAGACUGCGAACGAGCUCUUGAGCUCGAUCCGUCCAACGCUAAGAUUCAGUACCGUCUGGCCCGUAUCCUCACUAGUCUGGGCCGCCCGCAAGAGGCCCUUAAUGUCCUCUCUCGCACGGACCCUCCCGCCUCGGCGACCGACCGUGCACCUGCUGAGAAGAUGAUUCGUUUCGUGACCCAAGCGGAAGAGACCCUGGCUCAGGAACGGGGGGUGUCGAUGGCUCUGUUCUGUCUAGACCAGGCGAGAGCGCUCCUGGGAAAUGGCGUUAAGGAGCCCCGCAAGUGGACCUUGAUUACCGCGGAAGCACAGCUGAAGAUGGCAAACGAGAAUUCGUAUGCAAAGGCACAGGAUAUUGCGAUGAACAUGCUUCGACAGAACAAUCAAGAUCCUGACGCUCUUAUGAUCCGUGCCCGUGCAUUCUACGGCCUCGGAGAGACGGAACAGGCGCUGAAGACCCUUAAAAUCUGUAUCAGUUUGGAUCCUGAUAUGAAGUCGGCUAUUAAACUACUUCGUACCGUUCAGAAGUUGAUGCGCACGAAGGAAGAGGGCAACAAUGCUUUCAAGGCCAAGGAUUACCGUAAGGCUAUCGACCUCUGGUCGCAAGCUUUGGAGGUAGACCCGUCCAACAAGGACAUGAACGCAAAGAUCUUACAGAAUCGUGCUCAGGCACACAUUAACCUGAAGGAAUACGAUAACGCAGUCAAAGACUGCACCGAGGCUCUGCGGUUGGAUCCGUCGUAUGUCAAGGCACAGAAGAUUCGUGCUAAGGCCCACGGUGCUGCUGGUAACUGGGAAGAAGCAGUGCGCGAUUACAAGGCCGUGGCGGAGUCCAACCCCACCGAAAAGGGUAUCCAGGAAGAGAUUCGCAAGGCUGAAUUUGAGCUCAAGAAGGCCCAGCGGAAGGACUACUACAAGAUCUUGGGUGUGUCUAAGGAUGCUUCCGAGCAUGAGAUCAAGAAGGCCUACCGCAAGCUGGCCAUCCAGUACCACCCGGAUAAGAACCGUGAUGAUCCUCAAGGUGAUGAGAAGUUCAAGGAGAUCGGAGAGGCUUAUGAGACCCUGAUCGAUCCUCAGAAACGUGCUUCUUAUGACAAUGGUGAUGACCUCAUUGACCCAUCCGACAUGUUCGGUGGCCAUGGUGGCUUCAGCGGCUUCGGCGGCAUGGGAGGCAUGGGAGGCAUGGGUGGAAUGGGCGGUAUGGGUGGUAUGGGUGGCAUGGGCGGCACCCAUAUCAACAUCGACCCCAAAAUCCUCUUUAACAUGAUGAACGGCGGCGGUGGCGGUGGAUUCGCCCAGGCCGGCGGAAACCCCUUCGGCGGCGGCCAGUCCCGCGGCGGAUUCCCUGGCGGAUUCCCCUUCUAA